AUGCUUAGUCCCGAAACCAACGUACAACUACACAUCCUAGUCGACGCCAGCGAAAGUGGUAUGGCGGCCGUAGUAUAUUUGAGGUUCGAGAGAGAAGGAGACAUAGAUGUUUCGCUGGUUUGCUCUAAAACUCGAGUAGCACCGCUUAAAUUUUUAUCUAUUCCUAGAUCUGAGCUGCAAUCAAGUGUAAUUGGAGCAAGGCUUGCCAAAACGGUUAUCGAAAACCUAUCCGUUAAGGUAACUAACCGUUUCUUUUGGACAGACUCACGAAACGUGUUGAGUUGGUUAUCGGCCGACUAUAGGCGGUACAGCCAGUUUGUUUCCAAUCGUGUAAGUGAAAUUUUAGAACUAUCCAACCUUUCUGAGUGGCACUGGAUACCAACAAAGCUGAACGUAGCUGAUGAAGGAACCAAGUGGACAAAAAACCCAGAUCUAAGCAACACAAGCCGGUGGUUCAAAGGUCCUCCGUUUCUCCGACUCCCGUCAAGUCGCUGGCCGCUACCCGAGGAACCAGUCAAGCAAACGGAAAUUGAGCUACGUGCACAUUUACUUUGCCAUGCAGUGUCCCUGAACAAUAACGUUAUUCCUACUUAUAAAUUUUCCUCGUGGAACAAACUGCUCCGUUCUACAUCCUACGUUUUGAGAUAUAUUUCGAAUCUACAUAGCUGUCGACUGAAGAGAAAGUGUUCUACCGGCCCUCUGACCGACGCCGAGCUUCGUGCAUCGUGCACUACCGGGCCUCUGACCAAAGCAGAGCUUCAAAAGUCUGAAAUCUACCUAUUCCGUUACGCUCAAGAAAUUUAUCAACAUGAGAUGGAAAUUCUAUCGAGCCAUAAGGUCGGUAUUGUUCAACGAAAUAUUCCUAAGAAUAGUCCGCUACAUAAGCUUAACCCGUUUUUGGAUGAAAAUUUGGUCAUUCGAGUAAGGGGAAGAAUCUCAGCUUGUGAGUUCGCAUCAUUUGACAUUAAAAAUCCCAUAAUACUACCACGUAGUGACCAUAUUACGUACCUGAUAGUGCUCUACUGCCAUAUACGUUAUCAUCAUCAAAAUCAUCAGACCGUUAUAAACGAAUUGCGCCAGCGUUUUCACAUUGGAGGACUCAGAUCGUUAUACAAAACAGUACGUAAAAGCUGUCAAGUGUGUAAAAUUGAUCGCGCUAUACCUCAACCACCUUUAAUGAGCGAUCUACCACCUUGUCGUGUAGCAGCUUUCACUAGACCAUUCUCAUACCUGGGAAUUGACUAUUUCGGACCAAUCAUUAUCAAAAACGGUCGAAAACAGGAAAAACGUUGGGGUGUCUUAGCGACCUGCCUAACGAUAAGGGCAGUUCAUCUUCAACUUGUGCGCUCGUUGACUACAGACUCCUGUAUUUUAGCUAUUCGCAAUAUCAUGGGCAGACGCGGUGUUCCUAUAACUAUCUACAGCGACAGAGGAACAAAUUUCAUAGGAGCUGACAAUGAGUUAAAACUAGCAUUAGCAACUGUAAACCAGAACAAACUCAUUGAAGAAUUUACAACUACAGACACCCAGUGGAUAUUCAAUCCCCCGGCUUCUCCGCACAUGGGCGGAGCCUGGGAAAGGCUUAUUAGAAGCGUGAAAGCAAACUUAGCAAAGCUUAAACCCACUCACUGUCCAACCGAAGAAGUUUUAGAGAACAUGCUCGUAGAAAUUGAAAACGUUAUCAAUUCCCGCCCACUUACUGAUGUGCCGAUUGACGACGAUAACUCCCCCGUGCUCACACCAAAUCACUUUAUCCUUGGUUCAUCAAAUGGAUUAAAGCCAUAUCUUCCAUUUGACGACAGCUCGCUAGCCGUUAAGAGAGGAUGGCAGUUAUCGCAGAUCAUGGCAAACGUAUUCUGGCGAUGCUGGGUACACGAUUAUUUGCCUACACUAACUCGGCGUGCAAAGUGGUACACAGAAGUAAAGCCGAUCGAAGAAGGAGAUAUCGCUGUUAUUGUAGAUCCCAAACUACCCAGAAACUGUUGGCCAAAGGGUAGAGUCAUCAGCACCACGGUGUCAUCGGACGGGCGUACACGGAAAGCUGUGGUGCAAACCGUCAACGGAAUCUAUGAACGACCAGUGGUGAAGCUUGCUGUUUUGGAUGUUGGCGAUAAGGAUAGAGCACACGAGAAGCCAGUUCCUGUGUGCACUCCGGGGGGGACUGUUACUCGCGCCAACUAA